ACAGCACCGAUCCAUCUUACCGCAGUGCACUUCGUUAAUCCUUCUUCCACUAUGGGAAAACUUAUGGGUCUGCUGAAUCUCUUCAUUAAAAAGGAGCUGAGGCAAUUUCUAAUGGUUCACUCAAGUAUGGAUAGCUUGUACAAGCACAUACCUCACCCUGUAUUGCCCAGGGAUUAUGGAGGUGAUGAUUUAUCUAUUGCCGAACUGGCAGCAAAUGUCUAUGAGAAAGUUCACAAAUAUCGCCUAGAUAUCAUUGACUACAACAACAGUAGGCGUGUUAAUGAAAAAUUACGUCCAAAACCCGAGGCCAAUGGCUUUAUGCGCAUGUGGCAAAGUGUUUGGCAAUCAAAGUGAUGUUAUGUGAAUAAUUUAAGUUACAUUUAAAAAAGUUUAUGUAGGAGAUCUGAUAUACGAAUAUAA